CUAGGCCAUACCUGCGGGUUGCUGGAAGCUUGUGUGACAAGCAGCAAAAAAAAACAGAGAGAGAGAGUGAGGACGAACUCCGAUCAACACCCAAACGAACUCCGAUCGACGCCAAUUUUGGACACAACAUUCCUUCCAUCCCAACCUCCAUAUCCAGCGGUUGGAUUGUCAUUUUGUGUUCUCUAACUUGCAUCUCCGCUUGGUUGUAUUUGAGUGAAUAUCAACAGCAAAAAGGUUUGAUUAUGGAAGGCAAAUCUCAAAGAGAUGAUGUUCAAUCACCAAGGCACCUGCCGCACCUUCCUGACGAUAUCAUAUUCAAGCAAAUUCUUCCAUGGCUGCCCAUCAAACCAUUAACUCGAUUUAAGGCUGUUUCCAAAGAGUGGUAUACUUCUAUCUCUUCUCCCAAUUUCAUCCUUAAUUACACCAAAAAACCCUUAUUUUCUCACCCAGGCAAACCCCUUGAGUCUGUAUUUAUCGAAUCUGGAGGUAGUUUUUACCUUUACUCUUGUGAACAUGAGGAUAAUGUUCAAUCAUAUGCUGAGGAAAACAAUAACAACUUGGUUAGAUUAAAUGUUGAGUUUGAUAUUGACGAGACAGACCGGGUUGAUCUGGAAGGAUGUUCCAAUGGGUUGGUUUGUUUAACUUCAUAUCAUGGAAAAUACUUUAUCCUAUGGAAUCCUGCUACCAAUCAAUACCAAAAAUAUAUGUGCUUACCAUACCUUCACAUUUCGGGAUUCGGGUAUGUAUCCUCUCUCGAUGAUUAUAAGGUCGUUGGAAUAAUGAGUGACAGGAAAGGAUGCAAACAAUGUCAUGUCUUUUCACUGAAAUCUAACACUUGGGAGAAGAUUGAAUUUGAUUUUGAUGGAUAUUUUCUAUUAGCCGACCCUAUAUUUGUCAAUCAAACUUUGCACUGGACUGCCCUUUGUCAUUCUACUCAGAAAGUGAGAAUUGUUGCAUUUGAUCUUGCUCUUGGGACUCUUGAAUGGUUCCCUCUUUUGUCUUUUAAUAAGCGGAAGCCUCCUGGUAUCUGUGUCAUGGGAGGUUGCUUAUCCAAGCUGGAUUUCAACUCUCAAAAUGAUUUGGUAAUUGAAAUUGUGAAGCGUUCAGGAGAAGUCUUUCCUGUUUGUUUUUCCUGUGCCUCAAGCUGGUAUGAUAUCAACUACUUGAUCGGGUUCACAAAGACUGGCAAGAUUUUUGUUGUUUUCCAUAAUCCCAGAAUGUUUGGCUUGGUUGAUCCAAGUUCAAAGCAACCAUUUUCUUUAACUGAAGAUCAAGGGAUACUUAAGAUUGAUAGUUAUGUUCCAAGUCAAAUUUCACCGCAUUCUCCAAUGGAUUUGCAGAAUGCACGAGAGUUAGAGACUUAGAGGACAGGUUGCUUAAACCUAUUUUGACUUCCAAGAGGCUCAAGAUGUGAAACUCGAAGAUGCAACCGACCUCUGUUUUGACCUGCAUGUGGAAGUCUUUACUAUAAUAUGAACGAGCUCUUUCGGCCUUUUGUUAUGCUAAAUGAUCCAUGAAGAAAUUUAGGAAUAGCUGCAAAUGUAUGUAACUAAUGGCUUAGCUUAUUAGUUUGUUCGGAACCUAAUCUAUGAGUUAUAUAUAUAAGUUUUUGCUAAUCUAUGAUGGAAUGUAAGUUUAACUGUUGUUGCAGAUUGUUAAUGGUAUAAGUUGUAACUUUGUUAACGAUGUGUAUGUCCAUUGUGAACUUGU